AUGCCUAAGAAGGGAGGAAAGAAGAACAACAAGAAGGGCGGCAACAAGCCCGCAGCUGUCGCUGCCGCUGCCGUUGACAAGGUCAAGGACGUUGUCACCCCCGACCACGACGUCGAGGACCAGUCCAAGACCGAACAGCCCGUUGAGAAGACCGAGCCCGAGACUGCGCCCGAAACCGCGCCCGAGACCGCGCCCGAGAGCGCUGAGACCGCGAAGGCUGAGACCAAGGCUGAGGCUCCCGCGCCCGCUGCGACUGAGAGCCCCGCUGUGUCCGAGCUCAAGGAAUCCACAAAGGACACCCCAACUCCCGCAAUUGAGAAACAGGAGUCGGUAGACCAGACCGUUGAGAAAGCGCAGGCCUCUAAGCUCGGCCAGGUUGGCGAAUUGGAAGGUGGCGACGCCGCCGGCACUGCUGUCAUUCCCGAGGCGGCCACCAAGGAGCCCGCGACUGACGUUUCCCUGCCCGAGCGUCCCAAGACAUCCGAAUCGACUGCGCCUGUUGUUGCGCCUGUUGUUGCGCCGGUCGAACCCCCUAUCCCUGCCGAGAACAUCGAGCACGAUGCCGCGCAUGCCAAGCGCCCGUACGAGAAGCCUAUCUUCAACAACGAAGAGAACUUGAAGCCUACCAAGAUGCCCAAGACCGACGAGGAGCAGCUCGUGGCCAGCGCCGAGGAGGACAAGAAGACCAUCGAAAACCUGGCCGGUGCUGGUCCCGCCUCGACUGCUGCGCACACUGCCCCUGAGCCCGUGCCCGUGCCCGUCAAGACUGAGGCCGAGAAGGUCGCCGAGGCUCCCAAGGUGGAGGACAAGAAGCCCGAGAAGGUCGAGGCCCCCAAGGCCGAAGAGAAGAAGGUUGAGGCUCCCAAGGAGGCUCCCAAGGAGACCCCCAAGGCUACUGAGAAGCCCGAGGAGAAGAUCCCCGUCGAGACCAAGAGCGCCACUCAGGCUGGCAAGGCCCCAGCCUCCAACCCUGACGCGGUCGCUGCUGCCAACGCCGCCAUCACCUCUUCCAAGAGCGAAAAGGCUGCUCCAGUCGCUGUCGACGAGCCCCAGAAGCCCGAAGCCGCGCUGAAGCGCGGUGAGGAGCCCGCCCCCAAGGCCGAGACUCCCAAGGAGACCGAGCCUGAGACCAAGGCCGAGGACAAGGCGCAGACCUCCGAGACGAGUGAAGAGAAGGAAAAGAAGAAGAAGGAGAAGGGUGGCUUCUUCUCUUGGUUGAAGCGCAAGUUCAAAUAA